UGAAAAAGCUUUUCAAUGGGUCCCAGCAUUAUUAUGUUACUGUUUUGGCGUUUUGUCAUAUACUGUUUGAAUCCCUUUGGCUUCAUAGACACUACCAUUCAGGAGUCCCUCGGGGAUGAAUAUGGAAUGUGCAAGGGCGACUUUCCGGACUUGCGUUGGACCCAGGGAAGGCGGGAAGCGCUUCUGGUUCUAUUUACGAUGUUGUUUGUGGAGGCUUAGGGCGCUUAGCUCUGU